AAAUAUGUAAGACCUAGCCUUGGAAGCUCUCCAUAUUCUGCCGUCGGCUCUACCAGAACCGACGAGCGGGCCUUUUCCUUUGAAUAGCUGUCGACGUGUGAUUAGUAAGAGGGACUAUUCGUACAACUCUAGCCCGGAUUGGUCUCUCAACAGUAAGCUCUCUCCAGACCGAGAGGUUAUGUUUCCCUUAGUUCCAGGGCCAAUUCGUCCCGCUAGUACCUAGGUAGGGUCUAGAUGGAUAAUAAGAUGGAUAAUAGGAUGCUGAAUUGGGACCUCGUUGUCAUCCUGUAGAGCAAGGGAGAUAAUUAGUACGAAAUGUUCCUAAGGUAAGUAGGUAUGUAAUGUGGCAUCUACCCCGCCUUCGCGUUAUAUCACCGAGCCAGCAAUAUCCGGACUUUCACGACCUCGUCUUUUCUGCUGCAAUUCAAGAUAGCUUUUCUGUCUGUACUACGCGAGAAUUGUUGAGAAAUUGAAUCGAAAGUGAAUUGCACCAUUACGCAUUAUAAGAAAAGUUCCUCACAAUGGCUCAAUCACCACACACUGUUCGGUGGGGCAUUAUGGCCACGGGGUUCAUCGCACAGAUGUUCGUCAGAGAUCUCCUCUGCAACCCCGCGACCCGUGACGUCACCGAUGUCGCACACAAGGUCGUGGCCGUGGCGUCGUCGAGCUCUAAGGACAGCGCAGCCAGCUUCCUCGAGAAGGUGAACCUGGCCCCCGAGGGCGUCAAGCUCUACGGCUCGUACAGUGAGCUCGUCAACGACCCCGACGUGGACUGUGUCUACGUCGCCACCCCGCACAGCCAUCACUUCCAGAACGCCAUGCUGGCCCUGCAGGCUGGCAAGAACGUCCUGUGCGAGAAAGCCUUCACCGUCACCGCGUCGCAGGCCAAGAAGCUUGUCCAGGCGGCCAAGGAGAAGAAUGUCUUCCUUAUGGAGGCUGUGUGGACGAGAUAUUUCCCUCUUAGCAUUAAGAUCAGGGAACUGGUCAAGUCUGGGGCUAUUGGUACCGUUUACAGAGUUAUUGCGGAUAACUCCAUCGGCAACGACGGUCCGGAGGGUUCGAUUACUUUCCCUGAUGAGAACCGCAUGGUCAACAUCGACCUUGCCGGUGGUGCCCUGCUGGACCUGGGCAUCUACUCUCUAACAUGGUUAUUCCAAAUCCUUUAUCACCUCCAGCCUGAAGCUGAGAAGGAGACUCCCAAGACCUUGGCCGCGGUCCACCAAUACAAGACCGGUGCCGACGAGUCAACGAGCGUCAUCGUCCAAUUCCCCAACCACAAGACCACAGGUAUCGCCCUGACAUCGCUGCGCAUUCCCACAAACACGGACGGCAAGAACAGUGGUGGACCCGCUAUCAAGAUCCAGGGUACUCUCGGCGAGAUCCAGGUCAUGGGCCCCGCUUACCGGCCCACGCAAUACAAGAUCAUCAAGAAAGACAGCGAUGGUCAGGUCGAGGUCGUCGACUGCCCCAUCCCCGUGGACCGCGAGCGUCGCUUCGGCAUGGGCAUGUUCUGGGAGGCCGACGAGGUCGCCAGGUGUCUGCGGGACGGCAAGAAGGAGAGCUCGACCCUGCCUCUCUCUGAAAGUAUCGUGAUAAUGGAGGUUAUGGAGGAGGCGCUGAAGCAGGGCGAUGUGAAAUACCCUGAGCUUAUCACGAGCGAUGUGUUCGACCCCCAGAGCCCGCAGAACACUGGUGCUCGGUAAAUUAAAUGCGAGAUCUAAAGAGAUGAUUGAUGGCUUAGCCGAGUCACGCUGCGCGGAGUGCACAUAGAUAUACAGCGUCUCAAUUAAAAAUACUCUGCAUCAAAGACU